AUGGGUUUAAAGAAAAUGUUUAUGAAGAAAGAUCCAACAGAGGAAGAAAUAAGAGAAGAAUUAAAUAGAGUUGGUAUUUCUACAAAAUCAGGUCAUAGAAGAGAAGAAAAAUUUGGUGCUUUUAAAAAUUAUGCUCAAGAAAGACAACUGAAUAGGCAAAAUUUGGGACCAGUUUUAAAUCCUUAUAAAAAUUUAGACGGUAAUAUUAAUGGUGGUAAUCCAUAUAGUAAUGAGAAUAACAACCCAAACAAUAAUAACAAUAAUAAUCCAUAUGGUGGUAAUUCAAAUAAUAAUCCUUAUGGAUCCAACUCCAAUUCAAAUUUAAAUCCAAAUAAAUCCGAACCAUCAUCAACAUCAUCACCAUCAGCAUCACCAUCACCAUAUGGAAAUAAUUCACCAUAUAAUUCACCAUAUGCUAGAGCAAAACCGGUGUCUCAACCACCUCCAAGGACUAAACAACAUCGUCUACCACAACAACAACGAAUUAGAAAAGAAAGUUACAAACAAGUUGAUAAUGAUAAUGAUAGUGAAUCAUUAGAUUUAAAUCAAAUACCUUCAAAUAUUGAUUUUGGUACGGGUAAAAAACCAAUAAAUCGAAAAGUUUAUAAUGAAGAAAUAGAUUUGAAUGAAGAAUAUCAAGAAGAUGAUUUAAAUUUAGAUAUUGAUGAAGAACAAGAACAAGUGAAUUCAGAAGAUGAAGAAGUAGAAGCAAUUAAACAAGAUAUAAGAUUUGUUAAGAAGGAAUCAGUUCAAUCUACUAGAAAUACCUUGACAAUGGCUCAAGAAGCAAAUGCAUCAGGUACCAAUACAUUAGGUAUGUUGGGAUCACAAAGUGAAAGAUUAUAUAAUGCAGAACAAAAUUUAUUAUUAGCUGAUACUCAAACACAAAUUGCCGAUGAAAAAGUCAAAGAAUUGAAACGACUUAAUAGAUCAAUUUUUGUACCAGCUUAUGGUAAUCCUUUUAAUCGUAAAAGUAGAUUAAGAGCACAAGAAGAGAAAAUUAAAAAUCAAAAAUUACAAGAAAAAUAUCUUAGAGAAGAACACAGAAGAGGUAUUUAUGAAUCUGAACAAAGAGUUAAAGCAGGUAUAACAGAAGGUAAUUCAGAAUUACUGGAAAAAUAUCGCGAUGCUAAAAAUUUAAAAUUAUCAGAACGUUAUAGAUUUGAAGGUGAUUCAGAAGAUGAAGAUAUGGAAAUUGAAAUUGCAAAUAAUUUACAUGAAAUUGGUAAAUAUUCGAGUCAAUUAAAUCAAAAGGCAAAAGCUAUAAAUACUGAAAUUGAUCAACAAAAUAUUAGGUUAAGACAAAUUGAAGAAGAUGCUGAUAAAUUAGAUAUAAAUGUUCAUAUGAAUUCAACUAGAUUAAGUAAUAUACGUUAG